AUGACAUUAAGAAAUUGGCCUCCGGUAAAGUUUAAAACAACGCCAUAUUGGCGAGGCAAAGACCGUGAGAGGCGGACGGCAACAGUGCCAAAACUAAAGAACAUCUGCGUGGUUCACAGAGAGCUUCAUGCUUUGAAAACUUCAAGUGAUAAGAAGUGCAGGAUGAAAGGCAAAGAGAUACAAUUCAAACAACUCAAAACUAGUUGUUCUGAGGGUUGGCCAGAAAAACCUCAGCUCCCUGGUCCACAUAAAGUGUUCUGGCCCGAGAAAAAUGACUUCACAGCACAACAUGGCCUAAUGAGGAAGCCCCCGAUACCCGAUACCUUCGACCCUUACAAAGCACUGAUGGCUUAUCGUGCCACACCCCUCGAAAGCGGCCUAAGUCCGGCAGAACUGCUAAUGGGAAGGAAGAUCCACCCUCCUGGAUCUCCUCCCCGGUGGACGCGUUUGGUUGCUGACAAAAACGUUGAAGGUACUCUGGUAGAAAAGGCUGGCCCCCCACGUUCUUACACAGCUGAAACUCCCAAAGGGCAACUGAGGAGAAACAGACGCCAUCUUAGUGGUCUCCCUGAAGCACCUAAUACAGAUACCUGCACCACACUUAGCUCGUCUUCACCUGAUGCUCAGACUGCUAGGAGCCCUGCGCCAACUGCCCUAGCUACAGCUGCCUCAAUGCCUGUAACCCCAAGGAGGACCACCCAGAGUGGUCGUGAAGUACGACCCCCGGAGCGUUUCAAAAACUUAUGACUGUGAACCUAAGCGUUCAUCUUGUGUUAUGAUGUUUCAGAACUUUGACCAGUUGAUACAAAUAUUUUUCAGUUUAUGACUUUUGAGCUGAUUUUAUGCGGGCAUCGAUUAUGUGACCAUUGAUUAUCUACGAUGUAGUUUAUUUCUUACUCGAGGGGAGAAGCGGUGUAAUUGGUUACGUAAUGUUAUUUCCCAGUAGCCUUUAGGGCAUGGGGGAGACACCUCGUGGUCGACCCGGUAAUGUUUUA